AUGGAUGAUGAUUUCGCACGGGCUUUAAAUAAAUUCAACUCGAACCGUUUAUUUAAUAAACAUAAUAUAAUAAAAAAUGUCAAUAAAACGACAGAGAGGAAUCAGAACAAAAAACAAUCGAUCUUAAACAAAUUAAAAGAAGAUUUAGAAUUAGAAUAUAUUCAUAGCUCGAAUAAUAAAAUUUGUCAAAAAUUUUUGACAUUAUGCCUAAGAAAAAGUUCAGGAAAAUUAAAUGAUCACUCAGACAAAAUUAUAUUGCCUGUCUCUAUAUUGAAAACUCUUGAAAAAGGGACAUAUAGUAAUGAAGUAAGUUUCCCUUAUACAUUCAGUUUAAAAAAUGUUCAAAAUAAUUAUAUGACUCAUGCAUGUGUUUUAGAGUUUAGUUCAAGUGAAGGGAUAAUUGAAGUUUCAGAAAACAUAAAAGAGAAUUUAGGAAUAUUUGAAAAAAAUGGAGUAAUACGGAUUUUAGUAACUUAUGCAAAUUUAUCAAAAUGUGAUUUUAUAAAAUUUGAAUCAUUAAAUGAAAAUAUAAAUGAUAUAAAAUUUAUGAAAAAUUUAUUAGAAAACCAAUUAAGUUUAAAUUAUAGUACACUAACUUUAGGUGACUAUGUACAUAUUAAUAAUUUAAAAUUUUAUAUUAGUGAAUUAGAGCCAGAUAAUGCAGUGUCUUUAAUAAAUACAGAUAUAACUGUUGAUAUAUGUGAACGACCAAAUAUUAGUGGAAAUCAAAUUAAUUUUUUUUCAAAUGAUAUUAAAACUGGUAAUAAUAAUAAUCCAUAUGAAAUAAUAAAUAAUACUCAAGUAAAUAUUACUAACAUAAUUAACAGCCAAUUUAAAAAAUACAAAUUUAUAAUUAAUUAUAAUAUAUUAGAAUUAUUAAAAAAAGGUAACAUUUCUAUAAAUAUAUCUUUAAAAUCGCAAGAUAUAAAUAAAUUUAAUAUUUUUAUUUCUUUUCCACCUUAUGAUGAUGUGUCUGAAACAGUACACCAUUUACAUUUUGAUGAUUGUUCUGAUCAGAUUAAGAUAGACAAAGAGAUUAUUCAAAAAUGUUUAAUGUAUCAUUUUAUUUAUUUUCAAAACGAGAGAAAAAACGAAGAUACUCAACCUACCAUUUCUAUUGCUACUACUAAUGACAACAAUAAUCUCUUAUGCUGUGAUAAUUAUGAUGGGAAUGGUUCUUCUCAAGAUUAUUCCGAAAUUUUGGAAUAUGUAUAUGACCAAUUUUUUCCGCAUAUAAUAUUUCUUGGUAUAUCAUCAAAUAGUAACAGUCCGGUGGAAUAUAACUUAUCAACUAAUAUAAUAGAAAAUGCAUUGAGCUCUACCAAAGAUAAAGAUAUAGAAAAUCAAACUAUAAAAAAAAGUGCUAAUAAUAAUAUGAUACAUAACCAGAAUUAUAUAAAAUGUGAUAACUGUCUUAAAGAUAUUCUUGAAUAUAAUAUAAAUAUCCAUAAAAUGCAUUGUAUAAAAAAUUUCUCUAUAUGUAAUAUUUGUAAACAAUCAUUUAAAAAAAAUGAACUUAUAAAUCAUAUACAUUGUGAUUUAUGUAAUGAAGGAAUGCAUAUAAAUGAUAAAAAUAAACAUAAUCUCAUAUGGCAUGUAAAAAUAAAAUGCUUAUGUGAAAAAUCUUUUUAUAGAAAACAAUAUAUUUUUCACCAAAAAUUAUUUUGUCCAAAAAAAAUAAUUUUUUGUUCAUUUUGUAACAUAUUUACUGCACACUUUACAAAUAUUUAUGAUGAAGAUUUUAUUAUGGCUAACUUUUUUGAUCAGUUUGACAAUAAACAGGUUAGCAGUAUUUGUACAAAUAAUAGUAGAGAGAUUUGUCCAAAUUUUGAAAAUAAAACAAUUAGUUACUAUGUAAACCUAUUACAUAAUAAUUUUACUUAUUUUUUAAAAUAUAUAAAAAAUUCAGAACAUGAAAAAUAUUGUGGAUCCAAAUCAAUUUCUUGUAUAAUUUGUAAAAAAAAUAUGUACAGAAAUAUAUAUUUAACUCAUUUAAUUUCAUUUCAUAAUUUUACCAAAAUUGAUGCGUUUAAAAUUAUUAACGGCAAUAUCCAAAUACAGUAA